GUGAGCCCGAGAUGCUGCUGCGCUGGAGACCCGGGCUGCCGCUGCCGCCGCCGCUGCUGCUGCUCCUGGGGCCGCUCGGCCCUUUCUCCCCGGGCGCCCUAGCGGGACCCGCGCAGGCCGAGGACGCCGUGGAGCUGGACUUGGCCACCGAGCGGCCGGUGCAGCGGGUGAGUCCCGCCUUCCUGUCCUUCACCAUCGACGCCAACCUGGCCACGGACCCGCGGUUCCUCGCCUUCCUGGGUUCUCCGAAGCUUCGCACUUUGGCAAGAGGUUUGUCUCCCGCUUACCUGCGAUUUGGUGGCACCAAGACGGACUUUCUCAUUUUUGAUCCCCAAAAAGAACUGACCUUUGAAGAGAGGAGUUACUGGCAGUCUCAAGUCAACCACGAUCCUUGCGAGUCUGGAUCCAUCCCAUCUGAUGUAGAGACGAGGCUGCAGAUGGAGUGGCCCCUCCAGGAACGAUUGCUGCUCAGAGAACAGUUUCAGGAGAAGUUCAAGAACAGCACUUACUCAAAAAGCUCCGUGGAUAUGUUGUAUUCUUUUGCAAACUGCUCAGGACUGGACUUGAUCUUUGGGCUAAACGCUUUACUACGAACAGCGGAUUUGCAGUGGAACAGUUCUAACGCUCAGUUGCUCCUGGACUAUUGCUCUUCCAAGAAUUAUAACAUUUCUUGGGAACUAGGCAAUGAACCUAACAGUUUCCGCAAGAAGGCUGGUAUUUUCAUCGAUGGAUUGCAGUUAGGAGAAGAUUUUGUCAAGUUGCAUAAACUUCUAGAAAAAACCACUUUCAAAACUUCAAAUCUCUAUGGUCCUGAUGUUGGCCAGCCCCGCGGAAAGACUGUCAAGAUACUGAGGAGUUUCCUGAAGGCUGGGGGAGAAGUGAUUGAUUCGGUCACAUGGCACCACUACUACUUGAAUGGACGAAUUGCUACUAAAGAAGAUUUCCUAAACCCUGAUGUGCUGGACACUUUUACUUCAUCUGUGCAAAAAAUUUUCCAGGUUGUUGAGGAGACCCGACCCCACAAGAAGGUUUGGUUAGGAGAAACGAGCUCUGCGUACGGUGGGGGAGCGCCCUUGCUGUCCAACACCUUUGUGGCCGGCUUCAUGUGGCUGGAUAAACUGGGCCUGUCGGCCAGGAUGGGCAUAGAAGUGGUGAUGAGGCAAGUGCUCUUCGGGGCCGGAAACUACCACUUAGUGGAUGAAAACUUCGAGCCUCUCCCUGAUUAUUGGCUAUCUCUUCUGUUCAAGAAAUUGGUGGGCACCAACGUGUUUAUGGCAAGUGUGAAAGGUCCAGACAGAAGUAAACUUCGAGUAUACCUUCAUUGCACUAAUGUCAACCACCCAAGGUACAAAGAAGGAGAUCUAACUCUGUACGCCUUAAACCUCCACAACGUCACCAAACGCUUACAGUUACCUCGUCAUCUAUUCGACAAACCAGUGGACAAAUACCUCAUGAGACCUUUAGGCCCUGAUGGAUUGCUUUCCAAAUCUGCCCAGCUUAACGGCCGAACUCUGAGGAUGGUGGAUGGUCACACCCUCCCGGCGCUGACAGAAAAAGCUCUCCGUCCAGGAAGUUCACUGGGCUUGCCAGCUUUCUCUUACGGAUUUUUUGUGAUAAGAAAUGCCAAAGUUACUGCUUGCCUCUGAAAAUGAAAGGCAUACACUAGCCCCGAGAUAGAACUUUUCGAGUGUAUUUAUUGGUGAGAGGAAAGCAGAACCCCAGCUACAGGAAGGCAAGGAGGUGCCUGACAAUCAGCUGGUGGGAGCUCCACGGACCCUGGGACACUCUCGAGCAUGGCCCUUUGUUCCAAGUAGACCACUGCGAAUGACACCUUGUGUCAAACACUAGCUUCGUGCUUUGCGUGUUCUAUUUUUAUUUAAGGUUAUUAAAAAGGUAUAUGGACGCUCCCAUACAGCCAGAAGGCAAGUAAGUGAAGGCUAUAUGAUUAAUUUUAAGAAAGUGCUUAGUUGUUUUUAUCUUUAAAAACAGUUAUUAAAAGAUUGCAGAAUUCCUUAUUCUGUACGCUGUCUCUAUGGAAGAGUUUACUGCUACAACCUUCAAAUUGUCCAUAAAUGAGAGACAGUCUCUUUCACCUAAACAUUGUACUAAAAUCCUACUACCUAAAAUUCAGCUGCUGCUUCUCUUCUCUCCGUUCUUUGUCAACAAUACUGUGAGACACAACCGACAGUUAGAAGUGAUAGUACAAAAAAAAAAAAAA